UUAUAAGCUCUCUCUAUUCUCUAUAUAUAAUCAGGAAGCAAAUUCACGGUUUUAUAAGCAAGCCGGUUUUCUUGUUACAAGAAAGCCAUCCUCACCAAAAACUCAAACACCCCCACAGAUUGAUAGUCGUUCCCAAACCCUUUGAAAUUUGCAUAGAAGAAAUGGAGUCGAACGUGCCCAUCAGCUGGACAAACGAGAAGCAUGUGCAGUUCUUGAACACCAUGGAGGCUUCCUUCGUGUGCUCCAUGUUUGAAAGCAAGGGCCGCCUUGCUCGCUAUCGUCUCAAUCGUUUCGUGCCGGACACCUCCGACUCAACCCUAGAUCGGAUCAAAACCCCCCGGACAACCAAGAAAUCUGGUCCGGUACGAGGAAUGGACGGCGGAGCUGUCAGAAGAACAAGGAGAUUGCGGUCGCAACCGUUCAUUUCUUCGCAUCUGGAUCAGGUAGUUCCGGAGUUCGAGAUCUCAAUAGUUGGGGAUAUGGUACCGGUACUGCGAGAGAUCUUCGAUAAUAAAAAUGAGAAAGUUGCUGCGGAGCCAAAUUUAUCAAAUCAAAAUGUAUCAGUGCUGAGCUGAUUGAUUAUUGUUUCAGAAGGUCGAGAUUAGGUAUGCCCUAAUUAAUUAGUUGAGAUCGGUGAUGAUCUUAAACCAAAUACCAGAAAUGUCCAUGUGUUGGGAACGUAAGCUUCAAGACUUACAGGGAUGGAAAGGACGAUGACGGCAAAGGAAAUCCGGUGGAAGAUGGUGGUCGAUCUUGUAUUCUUGAUGCUUCCGGCAAAUAUCUUAUCUUUUAGGAUAGAGUUAGUUGCUUAGAGGUCUUGUAAACCAUUCUCAUACAAUUCUCUGUUAUACAGAAAAUGAGAUGGAGAGUGAAUGAAAAUCUCUACAUUUAUAAA